ACCUGCCCGCCGGCACCCACCCUCUACUUGGAUAAUGGAGGCAACCUGUUACUGAAUGUGUUUGAGAUAUAUUUUUGCUAUAUCGCUGGGUUAUUUAUUUUAAUUGUUUUUUAUCAAAUUAAAAAUUCGUAUUGUUAACUCAGUUAUAGAACGUAAAUGAAUCGAACUCGACAUGGAAGACCACAAUAUUUUCAGCCCCAGCGAUUAUAGCUACGUGAUGAAUGAUCUCAAAGAUUGUUCGAAUCUCGAAGAUGUCAGUGUCGGACAGUUGUUGGAUCAGGUGUAUAAUCCUGGAGAACCUGCAACGUACGAGAGUGAUCAGUCUGAAGCGAAGCCGGUCAUCAAGAAAAGAAAGUCGUCUCGAGUUUGCGAUUCGACGGUAAAACCAUCAACAUCUAAUGUCGUAGAGUUGCCCUGCCUAACCGAAUACCCUGGACAAUUUGAUUUCCAGUUGUACCUGCCUAAUGAAGCUUCGGCUCCUCAUCGUUGGACGUUUUCCAAAUCCCUUAAGAAGAUUUUCAUAGAUAUCGAGAAAGUCUUAGCUCUUCAAUUUAAAUGGCUGUAUUCGGAGCUGAAACCGGAUGUGCAAUUGUACGUUCGUGCGUUACCCGUGUAUACAUCUCCGGACUGGUUGAACGAACCUGUUACUCGGUGCCCUCUUCAUAUUCUGCCGGAUAAUGCUACAAACCUCGGGUUUAUGUACGUCGAACACAUCAUUCGCUGCGAACAUAGUAGCACUCGUUACGAAAAAGAUGACUAUUCCGGACGAUUAAGCUGUGUUACACCGCUCAGUUACCCGCAGCCUGGAUCCGAAACCACUACGUUGACCUAUAAAUUUGUCUGUAAGACAUCUUGUCCUAGUGGAAUGGAUAGAAAACCGAUCUCGGUCAUAUUCACGUUGGAAGAUAGCAACGGAAAUGUGUUUGGUAGACAGCCUUUAGCUGUUAAGAUCUGUAGCUGCCCGAAACGAGACAAAGCUAAAGAAGAACAGUCAAUUGAGAGCGAAAAGAAGGUAACUCGAAAUCCAAGAGUUAAUGCUAGCGGUGGAAACCUAUCUGUUCGGGCCAGUAAGGUACCGAAUAACGAAGGAUUGAAGGACAUACAGUCCUACGACACAGAAGGAAGUAGCGACGGAUCCAAAAAACUGGCUAAAAAAAUACCGAUUGCGCAUAAAAAACUAGCCAACGCCGAAGUAUUAGACGCCAUAAAAGAUCUGAAAGAAGAGGUUAAGAAUUGUUACAAAUCUGGUCGAAAUGUGGAUGCUUGUCAAUCUUUUUGCGAUUCGAUUGGUGCACAGUUGAGGGAACUUCCUCCUCAAGUUAUGUACGAAUUACAGGCGGACAUACAACGGCUAAUUUCAUGUCGAAAAUCAGCGGUUAUUUAUGACCAAAAUCAACAAAUGAUGGCAAUGAACCAGUGCGUGACCCCAGCGCCGAUUCCACCCUCCGACUAUCGAAAUUGGCAUUAGACUUUUUUUUAAAAUUUUAUUUUAAUUUUUCUGUAAGAACGAAUAUUUUAACGAGAACCGUACGCUGUUGUUUUUUAACGUUAAAGGAAGGAACAUUCCUAUUUUUUUAUCAUUUCAAAUUGUCGAUAAAAGUUUGAAAUGUAGCCAUUUCUUGUGAUAGAUUUAUAAUUUUUUUAAAAAGAAUUCUCUAUCGUGCCUUAUUGUAUUUUACGUAAUAAGUUAUUUAGUUAGUAUAUCGUUGUUGUGAAUUGUGAUAUAUGUAAUAUUUCCUUUCUUUUAAUCGAAAAAAAUCGUCAAUAUUUUAUUAUUAUUAUUAUUAUUAUUUUGGAUUUACGUAGAUUCAAACCGUCAAUACUCGUAUAUUUACUCAUCGUUAAAAUAUUCUUCUUCAGAUCUUCAGUAGAUUAGUUUUUUAAACGUGAUUUUGUGGUUGAUUUUCUUUCUUCCAUUUUUUUUUUUUUUUUUUAGUACAGGUACUUGAAGAAAUCUUUGAGGGUUUCUUGUGUUUUUUUAUUUUUUAUUUUUGCAUGUUCAUUAAAAUAAUUCUAUUUGUA